AUGAAUGAUUUCUACGUAGAUGACUACCUUAAGAGUUCACCUUCUAUGGGCAUGGCGAUUCAACUGGCGGCCGAUGUCUCAUCUGCUUUGGCUGACGGUCAGUUCUAUCUCAGGAAAUGGAAAUCGAAUUGCACUGAAGUCUUGGCACAUCUUCUUGGCGAUGCUGAUCCAUGUCAGCUAAAUCCGCACUUGGCAGAAACUACUGUUCUUGGCUUGCACUGGGAUCCACUCACCGAUGAACUCUUCUAUCAGGUCAGCUCUUAUGAUGCACAACAUCUUACGAAAAGGCAAGUGCUUAGCGAUGCUGCAAAAUUAUAUGAUCCAAUUGGCAUGUUGGCACCAGUCAUCAUUACGGCUAAACUUUUCAUACAGAAACUCUGGCAGACAAAAUUGGCAUGGGAUGACCCAUUACCACUUGAACUGUUGCAAGAAUGGCUCAUAUACCGAAAACAGCUGUCCCAAGUGGAGGCAGUGCGAAUACCGCGUUGGAUAGGCAUGCAACCCGGAUAUCAAAUACAACUUCACGGCUUCUGCGAUGCUAGUGUCAAGGCAAUGGCUGCAGCACUCUAUUUGGCAACAAACCACAAUAGCAAUAUCACUAGUCACAUUAUCACAUCAAAAACUAAAGUGGCACCAUUACAUUCGGUAACAGUACCCCGAUUGGAACUUUGUGCUGCGCAAUUGUUGGCUACUCUUUUACACGAAACAAGGCAGGCUUUGCAUUUGGAGCACGUAGCAUACACUCUAUACUCCGACUCAAAUAUUGCUCUAUGUUGGCUACGCAAAAACACAUCACAAUUAAAGCAGUACGUUGCUAAUCGCGUUGGCUGCAUUCAAUCGAUGACAGAUAUCAGGCAUUAG